GGCUACGAUCAACGGAACGAACCUGGAGCAGACCGGUAUCGGUGGCCUUGGGCCAAACGUGAUCAACAAGAAGACUCAAGAGAUGGCGGACGCGAUCGGACAGCUGAAGGUGGCGGAGCGCAUCAUGUGGAAGAAGGACCCGUCGUACCGCGAGUACGUGAGGACCAAGGAGGCCGAGAAGAGGGACGAGGAAUUCGCGAGGCAGGGGCGCAUCCUGGCGGAGGCUCUGGCACCAGGCCUGCAGGCGGCCAUGGCGAGUGCUGUCACGAUCACGGCACCCACGGUGGAGUUCCCGCCGCCGCCCCCGCAGACUGCGCCUACUGGUGGGAGCUCGGGGGCCGCCCCCGCGGGCGCCGUCGCCCCCGUGGGCACCGCUCCCGAGGUGCUCACCCUGCUCCAGCGCCACCUCAUCUGCGCGGAGCUGGACCACAAGGUGAAGCUCACCGAGGGCACGCUUGAGGAGCUUAUCAAAGAGAUCGGGAGCAAGUGGUCGCAGAGGGCCGUCGUGCAGCGCCUGGACGAGGGCAUCAAGCGCAUGGGUGGCCCCACGACCAAGGUACCGAGAGCAAAAGAAGAACGGGCACGCCUUCUGUUCCAGUUGGUGCAGAAGAUGGGCUGA